AUGAUUGUGAAGGAUGAUUUCACAAGACGUAUAUGGAUGUAUUUCCUGAGAAAUAAAUCAGACGCUGGCAGUGCAUUCCGGACUUUUCUUGCGAGUGUGCGUGCUAAUGGUGUCCCGUCAUUCGUUGAGAUUGUUAGAUCUGACAACGGAGGGGAGUUUUUCGGGGGGGAGUUUGCAUCUGUGUGCAAUGAGCUCUUGAUCAAACAAGAGUUCACACCGGCUUAUAGUCCGCAAUAUAAUGGUGUUGCAGAGCGUGGGCUGGGAUUGAUAGAAGAGGCCGCGAUGGCGGCUCGUAUUCAGGCUAAAGUUCUUUUUGGGCAUGUGCAGUUACCUAAGACUGAUAAACUCUGGGCUGAGGCUAUGCACUGGGCUUGCGAAGCGAUGAAUCACACCGCGUGUUCUGCUAACCCCGACUCUAUGUCGCCGUAUGAAAUGUGGUAUGGUGAACCUCGUCCCGCUAGACCGUAUCCGUUUUUGAAGCCAGCGUACUGCAGGUGGCAGCGACCGACAAAGCUGCUGCCGAAGGGUGAGAGUUGCUUUUAUGUCGGUCCUUCGAGAGACCACCCGCGUGAUUGUCAUAGAGUACUUACGAGGGCUGGGACUAUACAGGAAACGAGGGAUGUGACGUGGGAGGUGUUGCAGUCACAGCUCCCUCCGCUGCAACCUUCUCUGCCAAUAGAGGUCGCAGAGGAGGGAGGGGAGGAUAGUGACGACAAUGUUGAAACCGAGGUAUGGCCGCUUGUAGGAAGAGGAGUUGCUCACACACUUUUGAAACGUGAUGCAGUGCCUUCUGGUGCGAGAGUCGAGGAGGUUGAGAGUGUUGGCGCAGGAAGUGUAGGCCCAUCAUUUUCUGUUCCAUCUUCCCCUGCUGAACCGUCGUCCCUCGCGAACAAUUCUUUUGAUAGUGUAGCCUCUGUGUCUUCUCCAAUGCCUGUGAAUGACGGGGAAGGCCAGGGAGGGCAGGAAUCAGGGGAAUUAGAGAUGGGGGAUCCGGGAGGGGAUGAUGAGGAAGAAUCGAUGGAACAGGGAGGGCAUGAUGAUGAAGAGUCGAUUAGGUCGGGAGGACCGGUAGAGGCGGAGGCACCCCCUCCAGCCGCUCGUCGUCCGCGGCAUGUGGCCGAGCUUGCUGACUUCAAUACUGCUUCGCGUGAGAAUGAUGAAGUGAGAGAAGGUAGGACUCGCGCGCAAACUCGUGCAGUCAACCAGCAGAGUGUUCCGGGCCUUGUGGCCAGCCUAGGACCCAUCUCCGCUACGGAGUUAGUGUAUACACUGAUGUCGGAGCAGAGAGCAGGUGAUGAGACGGAAUUGCCGAAAGAACUGGUUCAGGAUGUUGAGUCAGUACCUGAUAGUUAUCAGGAAGCCCAGCGUUCAAAGUACGCAAAGAUUUGGGAGGGAGCCAUGUCUGCUGAGGUUGAAGGCUUGAUAAGAGCAGGAACGUUCACGUUAGCAGCAAAAGUCCCGAUAAGCUGUAAUGUGAUAGAUGCUAGAUGGGUUUUCAAAUGGAAAGCAGACGAAACAGGAAAGAUAGUGAAGGCCAAGGCUAGGCUUGUAGCGAAGGGCUUCAAGCAGAAGUAUGGUGUGGACUAUCUUGAGACUUUCUCGCCUACCGCAAAUGCUGCAUCUCAUAGAUUGGUAGUGGCGUUGGCGUGCAAGUACAACUUGGAAUUACUCCACUGGGAUAUUGAACAAGCAUUUGUUCAGUCGGAAUUGGAUUACGAGGUGUUCAUGAAGUUGCCUCCUGGCUGUGGUUCGAUGUCAGGAAAGGUUGUCCGUUUGAACAAGAGUUUGUACGGAUUGAAGCAGGCAUCUAGAACAUUUUACAAGAGGCUGGUGUCGGAGCUGAAGAGGAUUGGUUUCGAGCAGUCUAUGUCUGACCCCUGUGUCCUGCGUUUCAUGAUGGGAGACGAGGUAGUGGGGAUGGUCGCAAUUCAUGUGGAUGACAUUCUGUAUGCAGGAACGAAGAGUCUAGCUGAGGUGGUAGUGGCAGCACUAGGUGACUCUCUUCCCACGAAGAAUUUGGGCGAGGUCAGGUUCUUUCUUGGUUGCGCAUUCGUUCGCGACCGCGAGGCUGGUACGAUUGAGAUGUCUCAAGAGAGUUACAUCAGGAGUGUUCUUGAGAGAUUCAAUGUUUGUCGCACCAGCUCGAUCCCUGCUUCCCCUACUAACGAUUACAGGUCCGUGAUGGAGGAUGAGGGGGCAGGAGAUGUGCCGUUCCGAGAGGUGGUGGGGAGCCUGAUGUGGAUCGCCAACCAGACGAGGCCCGACAUCUCGAAUGCUGUGCGGGCGGUGGCAAGGCACUCUCACGAGCCAAAGAAAAGUCACUGGAAGGCUGCUCAGAAGAUUCUAAAUUAUCUUCUGGAAACGGCACAUCUAACUCUAAAAUUCAAACCGGAUAAUUCAGUAGACGCAAGCACAUUAGUGUACGUAGAUGCUGAUUUUGCGAGCAAGGCCAACGACCGUAGAUCAGUUUCGGGAGCAAUAGUGCUUGUGGCUUCGAUGCCUGUGGUUUGGAUUUCUAAAACGCAGAAAUGCGUUUCACAGUCGACUUCUGAGGCAGAGUAUCUUGCGAUGGGUGACGGUGUAAAGGAGGCUCUGUUUGUGAAUGGAAUGCUUCAGUUCCUGAGACCUAGUGCGAAGCCUCGGAAGAUAGACGUCCUUGAGGACAACGAAGGAGCGAUUGCGCUCGCAGAGAAUCCGCUUAGCUCGAGUAGGAGUAAGCACAUUGAUGUGAGGCAUCACUUCCUUAGGAAUUUGACAGAGGAGGGUGUUAUCGAGGUCACGCAUGUCCCAAGCGAGGAGCAGCAUGCUGACAUCCUCACGAAGGCUUUGCCGAGAGACCUUUUUGAAGUUCACCGCGACUUUGGAUUAGGCUCAAGGAAGUAG